AUGGAUAACGAUAUAGCCACAUUCCUUGCAUUUACAGGUACAGAAGAUGAGGCUACUGCCAAAAGAUUUUUGGAUUUAACCGGAAACAAUAUUGAAUAUGCUGUCCAGCUCUUCAUGGAGUCGGGUGCAAAUGGUCCUGGAGGCGCCAGUGGUACUUCUGGAGGCGGCGGUGGCAGCUCGAACGAUGAAGAUAUUGCCCAAAGACUACAACAAGAAGCAUAUCAGGAAAAUGUUAGAGAAGCAGAUGCCAAUGUUCACCGUCACGAGACGUUGAUGGAUUCCUGGUCAGAUAUGGCUGGAAUGCAGAACCCAGUGGAUAGAAUCAAUGAUAUGUUUGGUCGUGGAAGGGUUGGAGUGUUCAACCAGCGCUUCGAAGAAGAGGAUGAUAUGGAUGAAUUUGAUGACGCUGAUGAUUCAGAUGAACCUCAAGUGGUGGAGUUGCAUGAUGACGAUGAAGAUGACGACGAUGAAGUGAUAGACCUAGACCGUGAAACAUCACCACCAAGAAAUAGGAGGUCCAGAGUCCGUCAAGAUAGGAUGAAUGAUCUCACAUCAACCCAAAGGAGGCUCGCUCAACUCUUCAAGCCACCUUUCGACCUCAUCGAACGUACGAAUCUAGAUGGUGCCAAACAGAAAGGUAGGGCCGAGAAGAAAUGGAUUCUCAUGAAUAUUCAAGAUCAGAGUGAGUUUCAAUGUCAGGUGUUGAAUAGAGACUUUUGGUCUAAGCCGGAGAUCAAGCAUUGCGUGAAGGAGAACUUCAUCUUCCUCCAAUUCCAAAAUGACUCUGUCAAUGGUGAGUCCUACGUGAACUUUUAUCAUCUAGAUGGUUUCCCCCACAUAUCUAUUCUCGAUCCUAUGACAGGUGAAAGAGUUCACAAAUGGAAGGAUGGUGAAGUCCCGGAUGCAGAAGAAUGGCUCGCGGACGUGGAACUCUUCUUAGAAAAGUUCUCUCUUAAUCCAAACUCUAAUAACCCACAUGUCAAGCACGAAGUCAAAUUUGAUCCCGAUGCUAUGUCCGAGGAGCAGCAGAUAGAAUUCGCCAUGAGACAAUCAGCUGUUGAGAAUAAGGGUAAGAGCGCAGACGAUGCAAUUGCAAUCGAUGAAGACGAGGCAGCUGCUGAGCCAGCCGAAGAGAAGGACACCUUUGAGAGCAUACUGGCCCAAAGCCAUACAGAGCCUACUUCUGGUUCGGUUACAAGAAUACAGUUUAGGUUUCCUAAUGGUAAACGUCUCAUUCAUAAAUUCGAUUUUGAAAACGAUACUGUGCUCACUAUCUUUCAAUGGUUGAAGCAAGUGCUCGCUGAUGCUGAUGAGUCGACCUACGGCAUAAGCCUGUCGGAUAGGUUUACAAUUUCGAGUGUGGGUAAGCCAAAAUUGAUAGAGUCUCUUGACGAGGCGAUUGGCGCAGCAGGGCUCAAAAAUGCCAGUAUUUUGCUUGAAAAGGAGUAA